AUGGCAGGAUUCUACGAGAGAAUCAGAGAGACAUGGAAUAGCAUCAGGAACACACUAAGGCUUGGACAAGGAAGGGAGCAGUGCUCCUACGAAGAGCUGUGCUCGAGGUUUGGGAGCGAAAGGGCGAUUGAGGUAGAUGAGCUUGAUCACAUCAAGGAGCUGUGCAAGGCGAUAGCAGAGCCACAGUGUGGAAAGAAGAUAGACGAUGGAUUUGAGGUGCUGAAGAGGAUUGCCGUAGAAAAAGCUGAGGAAAGGGCGGGAGUAAAGCGGAAGAGAGAGAGAGACGAAGAGGAGGUGAGGAGCGAGAAAAGGUCUAAGAAGUAUAGAAGGAGAGGAUACCAGAGGAAGUAUGCCCUAAGGAAGGAAGACGAUGUCAGUUGGGGGAUUCUGCCAAAGAAGUAUAGGGUAGAAGGAAAGACGCCAACGGAAACGGUUGAAAAGGCGAUUUCAUACGAUGCUGAGGACAACCUUUUUCUGCAUUUAGGAGAGGUGUCGACUGAUGAAGAGUCCGAGUACUUCUGUGAGAGAAAUGUAAAGAGGUUGAACUCUGGUGAGGUGGAGAACAAGGUCAUAUGCAACUUCGGAGAGGAAUAUAACUGCAAGAAGUGUGUAGAGUAUGAGAUAAGAAAGGAAUACGAAGCCAGAGAGGGCGAAAGGAGAAGAGAGGAGAAGGAAAGGGCAGAGAGGAGAAAGAAAAUGGCAAGAGAUAGAUGGGAGUCCAGGGUGCCUAGGUCGUACUUCUACCUUGAGAAGGAUCUUGGGGUUGACAGGACGAUGGCAAGGUAUGUUACUGAUGACAAGUUUGAUAUUGACGACCUCGAGGAAACGGAGAGAGAGAGGCUUGUCCGAGUCCUUAAUCAAGCAAGAAAGGACCAGCUUUUUGACAUAGAAAAGAUUGGAAGUAAGAGGGUCAGCUUUGACGAGAACAAAAAUGAGGUAUCUGAGGUAUGGGUUCCCAAAGUCAACAGCGAAGAGAAUAGCAAUGAUGUGGAGCCUAGACUUUCCGGAAACAUGGAUAUUGGGAGAGAUGGUAUAGAUGCGGAGCUGCGAACCAAUAAUGAUACCAGUCGCUCUACACUGCAGCCAUGUCUUCUCCUGGAGCCUACUUCUGAGGUUGAGGAAAACGCUUCAGAUGGUAUAAGGCAUAGUGAAGGGAGCGGAGAUGCGACGUCUUCAAAGAUGCCAGUGUGUGAAGAAGUUCUUAAUGAGUCUGCAACGAUUGAGGAGGAGGGAGUUCUGGCAGAGGGGAAGAAAGAUGAGGAGAAGGAGCCAAAGAGAUUUGGAUUCUGGGAUGGAAGGACUCCAAGUGUGCAGGAAGAUACGCCAGUGUUCCAGUUUGGUUCUGGAAGUCCAUUUCCUACGCAGGACUCUCCCUCCACUGUAAAUCAUGAGAACAUUUCCAGUCCGUUUGCUUCUGACCUUAAGGCUCCAGAGACUGGAGGGUUUGUAUUUGGGGGAGGGCCUAGCCUCCAACCACACCCUUCAGGCACACAAGGGCCUCUACUGGAUUCCCCUGUCCCGGGAUCCUCACUGUUGAAGAGAAAACUGAGCGGUUCAGGAGAGGUUAUCCAAGGCCCCGGGGCUGGGAUCAGCUUUUCUUCUGUGCAUGGAAAGAGCGCCUUUCCUGCAACCAGUGAUGGCAUGAUUACCGAGACGCAAAGCUUUCCAUUAUUUAAUAACACAGGCCCAGGACAGGCGGAAGGACCUCAGCGAGCUGAUAGCAUUGGAUCUGUAGGUAACAUAUUCAGUAAUGGAAAGAGCUUGUUUAGCGGUCUUUUCGAGGGCACCGUGCCUUCCCAGCAGCCUGCCAAGCCAAGCAUAGGGUAUACCGACCCGAACGAAAAGAAUGAAGGUGGUCUCAGUGGACUGUUUGGGAGCGGAAUCUUUAACGCAACCGACGACGACCCUUUUGAGAGAAGUAGACUAGAUAGGAGAAGGUGA